AAAAUGUAUAAAACCAAGAGCGGAAGGCAGAUCAGAGGAGGGACCAUGGCGAUCAGUUUCCUACUCCUGCUGGUCUUUGUCCUAAAUGGAGCUGAUGGUUCUCAUAUUGUUGGCGGUAGAGAUGCCGCCCCCCACUCACGCCCCUACAUGGCUUCGCUGCAAGUCCGAGGUCGCCAUAACUGUGGGGGAGCGCUGGUGAGAGAAGACUUUGUGCUCACGGCAGCUCAUUGUAAGAUUCGUGGAACAUACACAGUUGUGCUCGGCGUUGAUUCCCUGUCAGCUAACGAGAGUACAAAGCAGGAAUUCAGAGCUGUCAGAUCCAUUCCCCAUCCCGGGUAUGAGAACCAUGCAAAUGACAUCAUGCUCCUGAAGCUGAACGGCAGAGCACAACUGAGUGCAGCAGUGCAGCUGAUCUCUCUGAAAACAGGCAGGGUGGCAACAGGAAGUCGCUGCCUCACAGCCGGCUGGGGGGACAUAGGGGAUGACGGAACCAAACCCAACACGCUUCAGGAAGUCAACGUAACCACGCUGUCACUGCAGACAUGUCGUAGGAGAUGGGGAUCGGUUCCCAUCACUAGAUCAAUGGUUUGCAGUGAAGGAGAGAGAGGUUUUCAAGGCCCCUGCAGGGGGGAUUCAGGUGGCCCUCUGGUGUGUGAUGGAGCUGCAGCAGGCGUGGUCUCCUUCUCUGGCCAGCGAUGCGGAAACCCCAAGACCCCUAAUGUCUACACAAAUGUAUCGUGCUUCAGGGCCUGGAUUAGGAAAGUGUUAAAAAGGAAUUUUCAGUUUCAGGCCGUGAAAAUGUAUAAAACCAAGAGCGGAAGGCAGAUCAGAGGAGGGACCAUGGCGAUCAGUUUCCUACUCCUGCUGGUCUUUGUCCUAAAUGGAGCUGAUGGUUCUCAUAUUGUUGGCGGUAGAGAUGCCGCCCCCCACUCACGCCCCUACAUGGCUUCGCUGCAAGUCCGAGGUCGCCAUAACUGUGGGGGAGCGCUGGUGAGACAAGACUUUGUGCUCACGGCAGCUCAUUGUAAGAUUCGUGGAACAUACACAGUUGUGCUCGGCGUUGAUUCCCUGUCAGCUAACGAGAGUACAAAGCAGGAAUUCAGAGCUGUCAGAUCCUUUCCCCAUCCCGGGUAUGAGAACCAUGCAAAUGACAUCAUGCUCCUGAAGCUGAACGGCAGGGCACAACUGAGUGCAGCAGUGCAGCUGAUCUCUCUGAAAACAGGCAGGGUGAAAAAAGGAAGUCGCUGCCUCACAGCCGGCUGGGGGUACAUAGCGGAUGACGGAACCGAACCCAACACGCUUCAGGAAGUCAACGUAACCACGCUGUCACGGUGGACAUGUCGUAGGAGAUGGGGAUCGGUUCCCAUCACUAGAUCAAUGGUUUGCAGUGAAGGAGAGAGAGGUUUUCAAGGCUUCUGCACGGGGGAUUCAGGUGGCCCUCUGGUGUGUGAUGGAGCUGCAGCAGGCGUGGUCUCCUUCUCUGGUAAGCAAUGCGGAAACCCCAAGACCCCUGAUGUCUACACAAGUGUAUCCUGCUUCAGGGCCUGGAUUAGGAAAGUGUUAAAAAGGAAUUAGGCAAAUCAGAUUAACUGAUAAUUUGCCGGUGUGGAUGAUGGGGUUGUAUUCUUCAAGACAAAGCAAACGUGUGGUGCUACGUUGUUUAAUAUCUGUGCAGUGCUGUGGUUUUGUUUUUCAGUUGGCACUUUUUGUUUUGAAAUGGGUCACGCAAAAUUCUUUACAUCAUACAUUUUCAAAGUAUACCAAACUGAACACGGAAAUAAAGUUAGCAUGAAAGUGUUGUGUAAAUUACAUUGCACACAUUUCUGUAUUGUUUUAAAAAUGAAUAAAGCCAUGAAAUCUGUUGUCAGCUCUGUAAAAAUAA